CAAUUUAUUAUUGGAUCAGGAACUAGGACGUUUGGCCCCAUCAUGUUAGUUUCGAGAGCCAGCGUUCGCCAUAGUAGAAAGCUGAGCCGUCAUCUGGCAACCACGUUGGGCCAGAUCAAGGCUCCAGCCGGAUUCGAGUCUAGAACUCCCCCAUACGAAAAAUUGAUCAACAAACUAUUCAAGGUCAAACAUAUUUUGAACAACCAGCCGCUCACCUUAGCAGAAAAAAUCCUGUACGCGCACCUGGUCGAGCCAGAAGAACUUUCUGGAUCGACUUCGUCCAGAGACAUCCGUGGAAACAAGUACCUAAAGCUGAACCCUGAUAGAGUCGCCAUGCAGGACGCUUCUGCUCAGAUGGCGCUUUUGCAGUUCAUGACCUGUGGAAUGACCUCCACUGCCGUUCCUGCAUCCAUCCACUGCGACCACCUGAUUGUGGGCAAGGAGGGAGCCGACGUUGACCUCAAGUCUGCCAUAGCUACCAACCAGGAAGUUUUCGACUUCUUGCAGAGCUGUGGUGAAAAAUACGGGAUCCAGUUCUGGGGGCCAGGAUCGGGCAUCAUCCACCAGAUCGUGCUGGAGAACUUUUCUGUUCCCGGUCUGAUGAUGCUUGGAACCGACUCGCACACUCCUAAUGCUGGUGGUCUGGGAGCCAUUGCCAUCGGUGUUGGAGGAGCCGAUGCCGUGGACGCUCUGACUGGAACUCCAUGGGAACUCAAGGCCCCAAAGGUGCUGGGUGUUAAGCUGACGGGACGGAUGAACGGCUGGACCUCUCCAAAGGACGUUAUCACCCAUUUGGCUGGCAUAUUGACCGUCAGGGGAGGAACUGGCUAUAUUGUUGAAUAUUUUGGCGAAGGAGUCGAAAGCUUGAGCUGUACCGGUAUGGCCACCAUUUGUAACAUGGGUGCUGAGAUCGGAGCCACGACGUCGACCUUCCCAAUGCAGGAGGCCCAUGUCAGAUACCUGUAUGCCACGAACAGGGGCCCAAUUGCAGACUUAGCCAAGUCUGUGAACCAGAACUACCAGUACAUGACUGCUGAUCCAGGCUGUGAGUAUGACCAAAUAAUCGAGAUCGACCUCAGCACGCUGGAACCCAGCGUGAACGGGCCGUUCACUCCAGAUUUGUCCACGCCGAUCUCCAAGCUCAAGGAAACCACCAAGGAGAAUGAGUGGCCAGAAACCAUUACCGCCGGUUUGAUUGGCUCGUGCACAAACUCAUCGUACCAAGACAUGUCGCGUGCUGCUUCGAUCAUCAGACAGGCGGCCAAGGUGGGCUUAAAACCUAAGAUUCCCUUCUUUGUGACCCCAGGAUCCGAGCAGAUCCGUGCUACUAUCGAGAGAGACGGUUUAAUCAGCACGUUCGAGGAGAACGGCGCAAUAGUGCUGGCCAACGCGUGCGGUCCUUGUAUUGGCCAAUGGGACAGAGGAGAGGCUGCUCCGAAGGAUACCAAUGUGAUUUUCACGUCAUUCAACAGAAACUUCCGUGCGAGAAACGAUGGCAACAGAAACACCAUGAAUUUUCUCACGUCACCGGAUAUUGUCACAGCCAUGAUUUACUCUGGAGACAUGAACUUCAACCCUAUGAAGGACAGCAUUAAGCUCGAGAACGGCGAGACGUUCAAGUUUGCUCCUCCUCACGGAGAAGAACUCCCUUCCGAGGGAUUUGUCGCGGGAAGAAAGGAGUUCUAUCCUCCUUUGGAGCCCAAGCCCAAGCCAGAAGUGACGGUCAACGUUUCGCCCGAAUCCGAUAGACUGCAGCUGCUGGAACCGUUUGAGCCAUGGGACGGCAAGGAGCUGCAGACCAGGGUGCUGAUCAAGGUUGAAGGCAAGUGCACUACAGAUCACAUCUCAGCCGCUGGUGUGUGGCUCAAGUACAAGGGCCAUUUGGAAAAUAUCUCGUACAACACUCUGAUUGGCGCGCAGAACAAGGAAACCGGCGAGGUGAACGUUGCGUACGAUUUCGACGGCAAGCCGUUUGGCAUUCCGGAGCUCAUGAUGAAAUGGAAGGCCGAGAACGUUCCUUGGUGUGUGGUUGCAGAGCACAACUAUGGAGAAGGGUCAGCCCGAGAGCACGCUGCGCUAUCUCCACGAUUCCUUGGAGGAAAGAUCAUUUUGGUCAAGUCUUUUGCGAGAAUUCACGAGACCAACCUCAAAAAACAGGGAAUGCUGCCGUUGACGUUUGCGGACGAAAACGACUACGACAAAAUCAGCUCGACCGACCUGCUCACCACCGUCGGCCUGCCUGAGCUGGUCGCCAAAGGCGGCAACAACGGCGGCAUUCUGAAGGUCAAGGUUACAAAACGCAAUGGAGAGGAGUUUGUGAUCGACUGCAAACACACCAUGAGUGAGGACCAGGUGGAAUUUUUCAAAGCUGGCUCUGCUAUUAAUUACAUUGGUGAGCAAAAAAAACUGAAUUAAAUAGAGGCAAGAAAUAGAAUGUAUAAAGCUCGGUAAGGCUACUCGUCUCUCGGCUGGAUCUCGCAGCUCAGCUUCCAGCUGCGGUCGUCUUCUUUCAUGUUGAUCUGCUUCACUUUCCAGAUCUCAAGCAAAAUCAGCUCCUGCAAGCACGGCACGCCGGCAAUGUCAAACAUAUCGUCGAAACUCUGCGACUCGUCCUGCAACUGCAGCCGCAAAUUUCUGAUGGUGGCACUUCUGAUCAGAUCGAUCUUCUGGUCUUUGUUGUACACCUUGCCCAGCUCGCCUGUGUCUUUGUAAGGUAUUUGCAGCGUUUGCAGAUCAAGAAUGAUUUUGGUGAUUUUAGUGUACUUGUCGACAUUGAUCAACUUUUGGUUCAGGAACGAUUUCGUGUUGUCUCUGUAGUUUGGAUUGCCGUCCACGAUAAACGUCAGGUCCUGCAAAAACAGCGAAAGAUACGGCACCGUGGGAAUGUCGAGGUUUUCUUCUAGAUUGGACAGCAAGAAGUCCCGGAUUUUGCCGCGGUACACGUGGUAGUUCUUGUCGGGAUGGAUGAUGGACGCCAAAUAUUGGAACAGCUCCUUGUACUUGUCGGAGAGACCGUCCCAGAUCCGCGUAAUCCGCGUGACCAGGAAGCUCUGCAGCGACGUCAUGAUCGACGCGAGUGAGUUGAAGUUCCGCAGGUAUAGGCACGAAAUCGCAAUCUUGAGCCAGCACUUGACCGCGUGCACGCGCUGUUUCAUGGUGAGUUUCGGUUGCAGGAUGCUCUCGAUGACGUAAUCGCUCAGCAGGUUGGUGAAGAGCACCGAGCGCUGGAUGUUUGGCGAGAGGUUGAGGUGCAGUUUUUUGGACGUGAAGUUCUGGUUGAGCAGCUCCUCGGCCUUGAUGGAGCAGAACAUCUUGGACUCAAUAAGGGUCAGCUGUUUGGCGAUCUCGAGCCCGUUGAAGUUGAGCAGGGCCAGGUCCUGGUUGAGGAUCUUCCAGCUCUCCUGGGCAGUUUUCCACCACGAGUCAAGCAGCGUCUGCGUGUCCAAGGGCACGAACUUGUCGAGCCGCAUGUUCUCGCGCUGCCAGUGCUCGCGCAGCAUGUUUCUGUACGACAAAAUCACUUUCUGGAUCGACUCGAGCUGCUUGUCGCUCAGCAGCACCACGUUGGAGUCGGUAUUCUUGAGGUCGAUCGCCAAGCCGAGGUUGAUCGACUGGCGACUGCCUUUGGUGGCCGUUCUCUCCAAAUCGUAAGUGUCGAGGUCGUCCAGCAGCGAGUUGUACGUGUCGAGAUCGUUCAUGAUGCCUGCAGGGUCUGAGAACGAGAAGUUAGAG